UUGACAAACGGCAACUGAUCUUUUUUCAACACUGUAUGACAUGUUCUUUGGGGUUUAUUUUAUUUAUUUGUUCAUUUAAGAACACUAAAGUGACAUUUAUUUAUACUUUGUUCAGCUGACUUUAGAGGACGAGUUUUACCAAUGGCUAGCUUUCUGUUUUCACACUGGUGUUCCGGUAGAAGGAGUGACCGUGUCAACUGAUGACUCAGCCGAUGGCGUUCCAUGGUUGUCGUAGUAACGAGAGCUUUUAAAGACGGUAUUUUUUCUUGAAUGAAUACCUCUUUGUCUAUUAUAACAUCACGGUAUUCUAAGCAGAUAUGUGUUCGAUUAAAAAUAAAAAUAGCUAGCAGAAACCCCAGGACAGUUUUCAACGUUUGCUGAAACUGCAGGCAGGGACUUUAAGUCCCAUCUCCAAGUUUAAUGUGAGGCAUGCAGAGAUGAUAACCUGCAUCCACAGGUCGGCUGGGAACCUCUACACAUGCUCAUCUGAUCAUACUGUCAAGGUUCAUAUCCUCUGUCCACCUCCAAGGACGUUAUGCACACAUCUUCAUGAAGCUGUAGUCAACAGGGUGCAGAGAUGCAGCCGUAUGUUGGGAUGGUUCUCCCACACCUGGUGGAGAUCAUCAACAGACCCAACACGCCCAAAACCCUGCUGGAAAACACAGCCAUUACGAUCGGCAGACUGGGAUACGUCUGUCCUCAGGAAGUGGCGCCACAACUGCAGCAAUUCAUCAGACCGUGUAUUUUUCAACACUAUGGCUGAUCAUCACAGCCACAAAAUACCCACAGAUAUCUACAGGACGUACGACAGUGUGCCAGAAGAUACACCAAAGGUCAAAGGAUAUGACUUUAACAAGGGAGUGGACCAUAGUGCACUGCUGCAGACAUACCUUAACAUGGGCCUUCAGGCCACCAGGGUGGGGCUGGCUAUCCAGCAGAUCAAUGCCAUGCUGGAGAAGAGACAAACACCGAUGACGGUGCAGAACGGAUAUGCUGAUGAAGACCCAACGUCCUGCCCCUGCUUACAGAGCUGCACCAUCUUCCUCAGCUACACGUCAAACCUCAUCAGCAGCGGCGUCAGAGAGAGCAUCCGCUAUGUGACUGAACACAGGAUGGUGGAUGUGAUAGCGACCUCAGCUGGCGGGAUAGAGGAGGACCUGAUUAAGUGUUUGGGUCCAGUUUAUGUUGGAGACUUCAACAUGCCAGGAAGAGAACUGUAUAAAAAAGGUCUAAACAGGAUUGGAAACACCCUGAUGCCAGAGGAAAACUACAUCAAAUUUCACAAAUGGAUGAUGCCGAUUAUGAAGCAGAUGCUGCUGGAGCAGAACACUCAGGGCGUUCUCUGGACUCCAUCAAAGGUGAUUCAUCGCCUGGGCAAAGAGAUCAAUGAUCCUGAAUCUGUGUGUUACUGGGCCUACAAGAAUAACAUCCCGGUGUUCAGCCCGGCGCUGACAGAUGGCGCUAUAGGAGACAUGUUCUACCUCUUCUCGUCAGAGAACCCUGGACUGAUAGUAGACAUGGUUGAAGACGUUAAAAGGCUGAACAGCCUCGCAGUGGCUGCCAACAGCACAGGGAUGAUCAUCCUGGGAGGAGGCGUGGCCAAACAUCACAUAUGCAACGCCAAUUCAUGGAGAACUGGAGCGGACUACGCCGUGUACAUAAACACGGCUCAGGAAUUCGACAGCUGUGACUCCGGAGGAAGCCCUGAUGAAGCCAAGUCCUGGGGAAAGAUCAGAUUGAGCGCACAACCAGUGAAGGUGUGUGCAGAUGCGUCCAUCGUUUUUCCCUUGCUGGUUGCGGAGACGUUUGCACGUCAUGUUAAUAAGACAGCGAAAUGAAAAUGGAUGAACAGAUUUCUAUUUAAACUGAAAUGUUCAGUCACUAUACGAUGCGGCAAAACAUAAAAAUUCAGUUAAGUUAUGACCAAGUCAGAUGAAUGAAAAUGUGAAUGUGCAAGUGAUGAUUUGGGAAGUUUUUGAAAAUGAAAAGGUAGAAUUAUUAACUGGUUUAUCCAGGUCACAGAAAAAAAAUCUUUAAAUUCAAAGAUCUAAAAAAGAAACCACUGAUGUAUUAUGAUGUACGGAUGCUGACAUGCAUCUAUGCACUUCAUUUUUUCUGUUUUACCCUCGGUGCUGAUUUAAAGAAAAAUUAUUCUGUGUUGAAUGAAAAUAGCUCAAAAUUGCCAGAGGACAUUCAUUAAAAUACAUUAGAUUUAUCAUCUCAGUUCUAUAAAUUAGCCUGAAAUGGCUAAGCUACGCAAAAACCGACACAUUUGUUCCUAAGGACAGAAAAUGCCUCAUUGGAAACCAUUGAAAAUGACAUUUUUGACCCCAAAUAUAUCUCAACAUACAAUAAUGAAUUCUUUUACGUUAGGAUUUUAUUUUGGACUACUAGCUUUCAAUUUUUACCUCCACCAAGGAGGUUACGUGAUUGGCAGGGUUUGUUAGUUAGUUUGUUAGUUUGUUACCAACGUAACUCAAGAAGUUAAGGACGGAUUUUGAUGAAAUUUUCAGGAAAUGUC